AUGAUCUUCCUUCUGGUGGAUGGGGACUACUUCCUGACAGGGUUCAUGCCGAACACCGAUGCGGAGGUGAAGGAGGCAGUGGAACGGCUUGAGGCCUCUCUAGUGAAUCUAAUCUGCAAGGGUGAUGUCGCAGCCUCGAAGGAAGGCGCGGCGGUCAGCUUCGACGUCCGAGUCAUGUUCUUUUCAUCCGCCUUCUUUAAUUCGUUAGAAGAGCGGCAGCGCAAAAUCGUCACCUCCGCGACGCGCCGUGUAAGGUUUCAAAUCACAGUCUUGGAAAGCGUGCGCGGUCGCACGGGCUCUCCGGUGGACGCAGCGCUCUGCACAAAGGCCAUCAUCCUCGCGAUGAUGCCUAAGCACGGGGAGGCCGCAACCAGGGACUCUGCCAUCACAUCUGGGCAGAUCUUCUGCUUUGUGACCCCGAAUGCGUACAUAGCAUCGGCCCUGGGUGUUAUUACAAGCCGUGGCUGUGACGCCCUGUUUGCGAUCUACGAAGGCGACGAAAUCGCGGAAGAGCUGUUCGGGUACAUCAGCGCCUCCUAUGGCACGGGGAUCGCGAUGAUGGAGAAACGCGAAGGGAUUUCCUUCAUCCCCAACACCGAAGCCGCCUCUGCGGUGCUGGCAGCACUUCAGCGGGAAGGCAAGGAGUUGCCACUGGCCGUGGUGGUCCAAUUGAAGCGGCUACAAGACAGCCUGAUCGAUAACCCUGCAACAAACGGGGACGCUGGCGCGACGCAGGAGGCAACCGAGGGAAAAUCCCAGCACAAGGUCACGGAGGAGCUGUCAUUCUUCUCACCGCCGCCGCUACAAGGGCUACCCGACCCGUUUGCUUCGGAGCAGGCAAACAACGAGGCCCCCGCGAGCCAUAACAACACUCCCCCUCCUGGGAGCGACGCGGCCCCUAACAAAGGAUCUGCACCGCCCGAGGAGUCAUCGGGGUCGCAAGCAUCGCCUCCAAACGCUGGGUCUCUGGAAGACGGCAACCGCCCACCAGCCACUACGCCGCCAGUGGAUGCCGGUGGCGGUCUCCCCUUUGCUAGCACCGCCCCUAGGCCGAUGGUCUCCACAGAACUCCCCCCAGGCUGGGUCCUGCAGUUCGAUCCGAGCCGUCAGCGCCAUUACUACGUCCACACGGAUUCGCAGAACAACACGCAAUUGAGCUGGCAGCACCCGUUAGGGCAUGAAAAACAGGCGGAGUUGGAGCGUAACGUCGCUGCCCUCUACCUCGCGCAGGCGGGAGUGGGAACGGGGAUGCCACCUGCUGCCAAUUACAACCCCGCCACCCAUGCCAACAGCACGAACGACAACACAUCACUGCCGCCGAAUUGGGACCAGCGAAUCGACCCACGCACAGGAUGUGUCUACUACGUCAACCACUCGACCCGGCAGACCACUUGGACGAGGCCGCAGAACCCCGUAGUGGGGACCGUGCAUCCGAACCCCCAACAACAGCCGGCGAUGUACCCUACCUGUGGCCAGGACAAGUGGGAGCCCCACGUGGAUCCGAAGACGGGUCGCAUCUUUUACGUCAACCACGCCACAAGGCAGACAUCGUGGACGAAACCGGGCGUCCCUUUUCAAACUCUGCCGCCCAAUUGGGAGGCACGCGUGGACCCACAGACCGGACGAACCUUCUACGUGAACCACGAGACGAAAGAGACAACGUGGGACGCACCCUCUGCCCAAUUAUGGAUUUGA